CCUCCGCGCCCACGCCCCCUCCGGCUUCCCUGACGCCUUCGCCUUCCCGCCGCUGCUCUCCGCGGCCGCCUCCGCGCGCUCCCCGCGCGGCCACCUCCCCGCCGCGCUCGCGCUCCACGCGCAGCUGCUCCGCCGCGGCCUGCUCUUCGCGCCGCCGCCCCACGCCGCCAACGCGCUCCUCCAUUUCUACGGCGCCGCCGGCAGCCUCCCCGCCGCGCGCCACCUGUUCGACGAAAUGCCCUUCAGGGACAUCGCGUCCCACAACACCAUGAUGACGGCCCACGCUGCUGCUCCGGGCGGCGGCGUUGACGCCGCACGCCAGCUGUUCGACGGAAUGCUCCUCAGGAACGCCGUGUCCUGGAACAUCAUGAUCAAUGGGUAUGUGAAGGCGAAGCGGCCUGAGCAGGCGCUGGAGGUGGUGCGGUGGAUGGCGGGGGUCGGGGUCAGGGGCACUGCGACGACCAUGGUCGGGGCAGCCACCGCCUGCGCCAGGCUGGGGAGGCUGGGGUCUGGCAGGGAGGUGCAUUGUGCAUACUUGCGCCGCUUCGAGGAGGAUAACCUCUUGUUUUGGACUUCGCUGGUUGAUAUGUAUGGCAAGUGCCGGAGGGUGGCGGCUGCGAGGAAGGUGUUUGAUCGGCUCAACAUCCGGAAUACUGUUUGCUGGAAUGCAAUGAUCAUCGGGCAUUGCGUGUAUGGCGAGCCUGGUGAUGGGAUUGAGUUGUUCCAUCAGAUGAUUGGACGAGGGAAGAAUGGUUCAGAUAACCAAUGGGUUCUACGACCAGAUCAAGUCACUUUCAUUGGUGUACUCUGCGCGUGUACCCGUUUAGGUCUACUGGAUGCUGGGAAGGUAUAUUUCAACCAGAUGACCACGACGUACAGUCUCAGGCCAACAUUCGCACACUAUUGGUGCAUGGCGAAUCUGUAUGGGAGUGUUGGCCUUCUGGAAGAAGCAGAGAGCCUCUUGAAGAGCGUGCCAGAGGAGCUGAAGGCACGUGCAUUGGGUGGUUUGCUUGGGUUGUGCCGGUUCAGAGGGGAAUGGAAACUUGGGGAACGUAUAGCCCUCAGGUUGAUCGAGCUGGAACCAAGCAACUGUGCUCACUAUGCUCUGUUGUGCAGUGUAUAUGCUUCGGCGGGAAGAUGGGAAGAUGCUCACAGGGUGAAGGCUAUCAUAAAGGAAAGCGAUGGGAGGUUCAGUCCUGGACACCGUCUGGUCGAUCUAAAUGAGAUCGCAAGUGAAUUUAAAAUUAGGGAGAGGCAACCUGAGAAUCAGGAAAUAUAUGUUAUCCUGGAUGACUUGGUGUCAAAGCUGCAGUUUACAAGCAGAGAAGAUGCGCAAACUGAACCAGGGAUAAAAUAGUGCAGUAUACACUUGCGGACCAUUUCGAGCUGCAUGGGUUUUGAGCAGGCAGGCAGGCAGGAGGCAGCUAGCUGGAACAGUAGGCUAUGUUGUGACCCAAAUGUAAGACACAGGGUUGCAAGAAGUGUAUCCUCAGGUGUAUCUGGGCCAAGCUGUUUAAGAUUCUCAUGAAUCAGAAAUGUUUGAGAUGAUACUUCGCAUAUACAGAUGUGUACAAGUGACACUCCAUAGUCCAUACAAGAAACUCAGGAUGCCCUGUUCUUCAUGGAAAUCCACUGACAGCUUGGUCCUUCUGACUGGGAGGACAAUAAGAUUGAGCUCUUGAGAUGUUUACCGAGAGGAUUGCAUUGCUGCAUUCCUGCUGGAGUUCAUAUUGCUUGACAAAUUACAAGUUUGGGUUAUGCUGUGACAAAUUAACAGAGCUGAAGGGCUGGCCUGUUGUUAUUCUGGUGAGAACAAAUUGUUGGGCUUACAUUCGCGUAGGAUGAAGGAUGCCGCCAUGAGAUCUUUCCUUUACCUUUUUCCUGCAUUGGCAGUUGACCGUAACUGGCACAAGGCAAGUUUAAGAGAAGCCAAGUCUUGCGUAGAGUUUCUUACUCUUUUUUCUUACACUUUCUUAUGGUCAGCCGGCCAGGCGAAUGUUUACUGAUGAAAUUCUGAUAAUGCCAUUUUGAGCCAUUGUUGUAGAAAUAGCAAAUAAUUGAAUACACAGAUUCUCUGUA